CUGGUUUUUCUUCGGAAACUCUUCAUUGAGGGCGAGGAGAUUCCACCUCGAACUCAUCGCAGUGGGACCACCACGAUUACCACAUAACAUGACAGGAACAGGAUCCGCACAUGGGAGCGAAUCGGAGAGCGUUCAGGAUGCCAGCUUUGAGACUGUGCGCGCGGCAGCAAUAUUGCUUUCGACGGACUUUACAUUCGCAUACUCGUCACAAUAUGCGCACGCUUGGGACUUGAUAUGCGCCUACCUCCAUGCAAAUGAAUCGGCACUGCGCUUUUUUGGGCUAAAGAACAUAUCACUAUGCGCCAGAUCAAUUGGCAGAACUCUGCUGCACAUAGAGCAAAAGCAGAGGAUUGUAUCGAAGCUCAUCGAAAUUGUGACCGGUGAUGAGUCCUGGAACAACAGAUGUCUCGCUGCACAACUACUGGGCGAAUUCGUCGAAGCAAUGUGCGAAGAAGGGUUCCCGGCCAAAAUACGGACGAGAGCCUUUGAAGCCGUCAUUGGCGAAAUUGCACGCACCUUUCCGACGGAACUCGGUGAUGCGCUGAAUCAGGACCCGACAUUGCUUGACAGCUCUCACUAUGUCGCACCACAGGUGUUCCGCCGACGAAUAAGUCUCGUGCACGCCAGCGCCCUGUUCCUGCGGGCUCCUGAAGCGCAAACUUCUUCUUACAUGGGAUACAUCGACCGCCUACUUCUCACGCUGUUGAGGAAGAAAGCGCAUCCGUACAUGCAAGCCACCGCGAUCCACGCCAUCCACACCCAUCUCCCAGUCACAAACAGGAGCCGGCUGCGAGUGGAAAAGAUUUUCCGCGAACCCAUCGCAGCGUUAUCCGCCGAACUCCUCCCACCACCGGAAAUCAUAGCCAGCUCGACCAAUCUCUCAACAUCCGCGACCGAAGUUCGCCGGCCUAGCCUCCUACACGGCGCAGUACCGGCCACAUCCUCCAACAUAAGCAUGCACACCAUUGUCAAGCGCGAAAUCAUGCAGUUUUGGGCGGUGUGGUACCCGCGGCCAAACGAUAAAGAGCUCCAGAGCAUAGGUACCUCAACCAGUCAGACGCCGAAAUUGACGGGCUACGCUAUGCGGAGAUGGAACUUGUUGUCCUUGCAGAACUACCAGAGGGACCAGGUUAAGGCGUUUGCGGGACUUGCGAAGGCGUCCAAGAGAGUGGACAUGGAGCAGCAGAUGCCAGAGGAGCCGUAUGACGAAGUCUCCCGGGCGUUUGCGUUGUUGUCGGACAAGAUGUUUGAGAGGCCGAGCAUCCCCGCUGCGGGCAGGAAAGAAGCCAGCGCCACAUCGCAAGACCCCUCUCAAUCCCCACCUCCGCACACACCGACCCUAACCACCAUCCACGACGCCCCCACCGCCGACCCCGACGCCUCAACCCUCACCCUCAACAUGACACCCCCUAUCCUCCUCUUCAACCGAUACCCCUUCCAGAAAGACAUCUUCCUCCAAAACAAAUCCGUCACGCACGACGUCCCCUUUCGUUUACAAGUGGGCCCGAGCAGGUUCUUCUUUGCCACCCCGGCAUAUGGGUUUGUGCCUAAGGGCGAGUCGGUUACCGUUACGGUAUAUUUUACGCCGUGUCCGCAGGUUGUGAGGAAGACGCCGGAGGUGCUGGGGUUUUUGAGGGUUAGGGGGGCUAAUGGGUUUCCUUAUGAGAGGAUCUCAUUGCGCGGCUAUAAUACACCAGCGAUCAAAAUCAGCCCCGUCAGGCUCGACUUUGGCAUCUGCCCCAUCGGCGACACCCGCACCAUGGUCUUCAUGGUCUCCAAUCUCCUCCCCGUCGAAUGCCCCAUCGUCACCCUCGUAGCGCCCACAGAGACCAGCACAAUGUUCCAAAUCUACCCGACGCAGACCAUCCUCGCCGCCCACGAGAAAAAAUCCUUUCAGCUCAAAUUUGUGCCCAAUAUUGAGGCAGAAGUCUCCGAUGCAUUACUUGUUGUCGCCCUUGGCGGCGAACUCACGAAGGUCUUACUGGAAGCCGUCGGCGGCCGCGCUCUGCAUGUGCUGGACACCAGACUCGAUUUCGGGCCCACGGAUAUAUACUACAACCCCGUCGUCCGCAAAAUGACGCUACGGAACCGGGACCGCAAACCGUUACCCGUGACCUGCAUCGCCUCAACGAACGAACUGAGCGUCCACUACGGGUUGCCAAUCACACUGGAACCCUUCGAAGAGCGUCGGAUCAGCGUAUCCUUUCUCUCCGGGUUCACCGGCACGCGGCAAGAGUCCUUGGUCUUCCACGCACCCAACAGCAAACCCGUCACGCUGGAAGCCGCAGCCUUCUCCGGCCCGACGCUGUGGAUGCCCGUUUACGAACGCCUGAUGUUCCCCAUCGCGUCGGUGUCGCAGUUCACCUCCGUGCAGUUCCCGAUCGUCAAUUUCGCGGAUACCCCGACGCAGUUUACGGUUUUCACCCCGCCGCUUGCGCCGUUUACCGUUGAGCUUGUUCCGGUGGAUGUGGCGAAUAGGAAGGGCGCUAACUCGCUGCAGUUGGAAUCAAGGCCUUAUGAGGGUCCCGACGCCGUCGGGCUAUCCGUGACCGUCGGCCCGCGGCUGACUGUCCUCGUCAAAGUCAACUUCCUGAGCGUGGUGUCGGGGUCGUUCAAGAGCACAUUAGGCGUUCAGAUGACCAAACCGCGGAAAUGGACGGUGGGCACGUUGCAGCUGAACGCGUUCGCGGUCGACGAGCCGUUCUUGUUGAAGGAGAAGUCCCUCGACGCUGUGCGGAAAUUCAUCGCUAAUCCGGCGGAGGAACCCGCCACGGGCGUCAUGCCCAAACGCGGGCGAGCGUCAACGACCGCCGUGAUCAAAUCGUCCGAAGUGCUCGAACUAGACCCACCCAUCCAGACCAUUUUCGGCGCCCAUCUCAGCGGCCGGUUUGAAGAUAUCUGCGAGUUCGUCACCUUAUCGAACCUGGGCAGCACGGUGCAGAAGUACCGGCUGGCGCUCAGCGAGCAUUUCUACACGGAUGCGCCGCUGGAAGGGGAGUUGGAGGGGUCGGCGAGCGUGGAUAUACCCAUCAGGAUCAAUCCGUCGUUCUUGGAAAAUGGGAUUGGACCCGAGACGAUGCAUCAGAUUAUUUUGGGAUCCAUCACGGCGUUUGAGGCGAAUGAUAAGAAGGGCGGGCUUGUGAGUGCCGGAUUGCAGGGGAUUUUGGGGGAUUUGGUGUCGUUGGAAAGCAGGGAGGGGAUGGAUACUGUGCAUUAUCCCUCGCUGAAAGUCAUGGAGAAGCUGUCCCGGCGAUUUAUCCUGCGGAACCGGGCGCCCGUCGAUGUGGUUUGGGAAGCCCGUCUCGUAACCGUCGGACAGCAGGGCACAGGCCUCGGCGCUGACGGGCUCCCGAUGAUCGUCCCCACAACCUCCUCUAGCUCCGACUGGUGUCCCUUCUCCCUCUCCGUCCCACGCAUGAACCUAAAACCCUUCGAGAUCUACACGGUCGAUAUCACCUUCCAAGCAACCUCAUCAGGCGACUACCGCGCCAAACUCUUUAUGGAAUACACCGACCCAAUCUCCCACAUGGUCAACGCCGAACACAUGCGCGGCCGCGCCAAACGCAGUCUCCCCCCCCUCGUCUUCGAUUGCUCGGUAGGCGUGCAGGAUCUCGCCUUCAUGCCCGAGUUCCUGCACCACGGGGACGUCGAGAUCGGCGAGCGGGUCUCCCGCCCCCUGACGAUCAUCAACAACCAGCAGUCGAGCACGCACUUGGUCAUCACCACCCCGCCGCCGUUCCACACGUCGGGAUUGACGGGGACGAUGGUGAGAAGGCAGACGAAGCUGGAGCUGCCGGUGUUGUUUGAGCCGACGAAGAGUGGGACGUUUAGUGAGUUGCUGGUUUUGUCUUUUGGGGGGUUGACGAGGCCGGUGCCGGUUAUAGGAACGGGGGGAAGGUCGGGGAUUGAGUCGAAUCUGGCCAAUCCGGUGCGUGUUACCGCUGGGCCGUUGCUUGCUGAACUUCUUGCUGGUGAUGAGAAACCUGUCCGAACGACGGAGAGCACGAUCGAUUUCGGGUUUGUCGAGAUGGGACGACCUAAAGAGAAGAUGUUCCGUCUCACGAACGUGGGUACGUUUGACUACUCUGUCAAGAACAUCACAUUGGACGACGAGACCCACGUGCAGUGGAAAUUCGAGGAGGAUAUCUUGCUCGAAACGCAAAUUUCGUCGGAGUUUGGCAAUGCGCCGCUUGACGCCGUGGAAAUCGACUGGGAUGAAGUUGAUCAUAAGAUCGGUGAGCAUGCAGGAGGGACUGGGUUUGGACGGCAGUCUGUCGCGGCUUCCAGUGUCAACGCACCUGUACGGAGACGGAGGUACAAGUCGAUAUCAACCUCUGUGGUGGGUGGGCCGUCGGCUUCGUCCAAGGCGUUUCCGUUCCGGUUGCCGGCGUCGCAGAAGUGUAUUAUCAAGCUGUCGCUGGCAGGAUUUGAUGUGCGCCAAAAGGGAGAGCGAAACGCUGUCAUGAAGGUGGACGUGGAGAGAUCGAACGGCGAGGCCGAGGCAUAUGUUUUCUGGAUACAUGGGAACAUACAGCCGGCAUUGCAACUUUGGGAGAAGAGAGUUGACUUUGGAGUUCGGGCGGUUUAUAUUCGACAUAAAACCGACAUCAAGUUCACCAACACUGGGACGGUUCCACUGCCAUGGACGCUGACCCAAGAUUCCAUCCGGUACCACCCCAUGGAGAAGUUCGACACCGCCCCACUACCCGAAGACGAGAAGUCAAUCCCACUCCCAAUGUCCUUCUUCCCGACCUCUGGCAAACUCCUCCCGGGCUGCACCCAAUCCGUCGCGGUGGCAUUCACUCCCAGUCUCGCGCAAUACGAAGUCAACUCCUACUGCACGCUCCGCACGGGCGAUUUCGCAGAAAGCCAGAUUGUGGUUCAUGGAGUGGGCGCUUCCAGCCGAUUGUGGAUCGACGUUGAUGAGCUGGACUUUGGGACACUGAGGAUCGGGACCAAGAAGCAUUUCAGGGUCUCGUUGAAGAACCGCGGUAUCUUGCCUUUGAGGUACUUUGUGGAGUGCAGUAAUACGCAGUUUUCGGCUGAUCCCGAGCAGGGGAUGCUGGAAGGCGCUGGGUCGGUGGAGAUUACGGUCAAGUUCGCACCGAAAGCAGUGGGCCAGCUUACCGAAACCCUGAGAGUGCUGCCGCACAUGCAGGAGGGAUACACAAUCGAGCCUCUUCUUGUGAGCUUACGCGGGAUGGGAAGUUACCCGGAACUGGUUGUCCUCACGAAGAACGUGGAUUUCGGCACGGCGCUGUUCAUGACACGCAAUGUCCAGCCCGUAAAGGUCCAGAACAAAGGGGCUGCCGAAGCCCACGUCAUCUUCAGUUGUCAUCACCCGGGCAUCAGUCUCGACAACGAUAAGGAGAACGAGGUUGUCGUCGUGGGCCCGAACACGAUCAAAGACAUCAACAUAGUCUAUGUCCCUCAAGUCGUGGAAACAUUGAAGGCGAAAGCUUUCUUGAGAUCCUCUGAUAGUCGCGGUGAUCACUUUGUCUUGUCAUUGGAAGGGUCGGUGGGUGUGCCUAAGUUGGCAUUCAAUCCUCCCGAUGCGAUGCAGUCGCUCGACUUUGGUGUAUGCGCUGUCAACGGGGUGUACAAGAAGAUCUUCACGAUGUCGAACGAGGGCAACAUCAACCUGCCAUUCAUUUUGAACUUGGAAAACAAGUUGACGAUCGGACAUGAUUCAGAGGGAAGAGCGGCAUUGAGACCUGUCCCGACAAAGCCACAUAUCAUAACCGCCGAGCCCACCAGUGGCUCCUUACAUGUCGGUGAGUCGGUCGAAAUCUGCAUCACGUUCAUCCCUGACUCCUUGGCAGAGUACGAGUGUCAGAUCAAUCUCAACUACGAGUUCAAGAGCCUAGUAGCGCCAAUCAAGGGCGUUGGCGGCCGGGCCGUGCUAAAAAUUGACUCGCCAUUGAGCCUGAUUGAUUUCGGACUGUGCAGGAUUCGCCGAACGUUCAAAAAGCCUCUUACUAUAUCGAACGCUGGCAAUCUUGGCGUGGACUAUCAUCUGCGACCCGAACCGGAGGAUGGAGACUGGUCGGUGUAUUCGGAGUUGGGCCAGAGGUUGAAUGCGCCCAGAACUAGCAAUGCGGACUCUGGCGAUGCGGAAGAGGAAGUCCGACCGUGGGUGAAGGAACUUGCAGCAAAGGGGUUCACGUUGAUGAACCCGGAUGGUCAUUGCAAACCAUACGGCAAGACUGAUUUGUUCAUCGAGUUCUCGCCUCUCUCGGAGGCCCACACAGAAAUCAAAUUCCGGGUUUAUUUCGGGGAUCAGUUUGAGGACAUCAAUGUCUGCGGGCGGGCGGCUUUCCCAAGGCUUAUGAUGUAUGGCCAAUCCGGAGAACUGCUCGCCGGUUCGGAAGAGAUGCGUACGCUCGAUCUCGGCGUCCAUCCCAUUCAAUCGGAGCAUGUACAUACUCUUCAGCUCAAGAACGAGGGUCCUUUCGGCAUCGAUUAUCUGGUGCAGCCGUUCAGCAUUCGCGAAUUCGACGUUCAACCGUUGCGGGGUUUCAUUCCUCCAGGGUCAGCAAAUCCUCUACGGGUGUACUUUCGCCCCACGUCGGAAAACAAGUUCUCAACGACCAUAAAAGUGUUGUGGGAGAAAGAACCUCUCAGACUUCAAAUGCUCGCCAGUGGCGGUAUCGGGAAACUGGAAGUUGUAUAUGCUGACGACAAAGAUGUCUCGAUGAACGGUCUGGAUUUCGGCAUGGUGCCCUUCAAUAGUGCCUCGGAGAAGCAUUUCUUCUUAUUCAACGUCGGAAUGGUGGAGAUAUCCAUGGAAGCCGUGGUCGACAACGACGAGUAUGUCAUGGCACUCGUUGGUGAUCCCAUCCCGCUGGAACAGCACAAGAUGGCCGGUGCUCCCAAACCCCCUCCGCCGUCCAAGCGCACCAUCUGGAACUGGUUCUCCAACAUUCGCUCUACGAUCGCUCCUGGUGUUGGUUUGGAGGUCGUUGCGCGGUUCGUCGCGCGGUCACCAAUGAUUGCGGCAGGGAGUAUCCAAAUCAGGUCGGAAGGAGGGUCUUAUGUAGUUCCUCUGCGAGGCAAAGGAGGAACGAUUCAGAUCACGCAUCGUGGCGAUCUUAACAUGGGUGAUAUCGCCACAAACCAUGUGUAUCGCCGUAAGCUUACGCUCGUGAAUAGCGGGUCUAUUCCGGCGAGCAUUACGGCUGAAUGGCUAGUAGUUGGUCAUUCCAGCGAGACCUCCUCCUCGUUUGUGCAGUUCGACGAGAAUUACUCCGUCCUGGAUCCGAGAUCUGGAUGGGCUCGGCAGCAACUCUGCGCGGACCGGAACGUUCAGACCAUCACGUUGACGGCAAAGAAUAGGUGGCAAAUGAUUGCCAUGAUGAUCCGAAAAGCGGAAGAUUUGGAAGAGGAAAAUAUGGAUGCAAACGCAGACCCUUUGAGCGCUCUCUGGGGAAACACGCUUGGAAAGCUCCGGACCUUGCUUAAGCAGCAGGCGCAGGCUCCCGGCGAUGCUUUGACAACCGCCGACGAAGCCCUUUCAGCAACGCCUGGUCAAACCAGUGCGACUGGCAGUGCGUCGAACCUCAGUCAGAAACCUGCUGGAGCUGUUGGAGCUUCGCUUGGGACCAGCGUGUUGUUGAACCCGAAGAAAGGAUUGCCAGCGCAAUACUCGGCGUUCUUCAAGCGGCGCCAGAUGUUCUUCCAUCUCAUCUCAAGCACCCAGCUGUCGAGCCAAUCGCUACCUUUUAUCAAACCUUACCUGAAGGUGGACCCGCCGAUCAGCACUCUGCCAAGCUAUGGCGAAACCACGUUGACCGUUGAGAUCGAUUUGUCUACUGAAGACACUUUUUUGGCCACGUUACUGAUCAAGCCAGGCGUGCCCAAUGCGUCAGUUCAUGAGAUCGCACUGACAGCCACCCCCAAAGCGAUAUCUGUUCUGUGUGACGACACAAGAAUGCUCGACUUCCACCGCCAGCCACUCGGGGAAUCGGAGACGAUUAUGCGCACUUUCACGAACGUCGGCCACAAGGAUUUCAACUUUCAAUUCCUCAACCCGAAUGCCUCCCUCCGGAUACUGCCCGCAAGAGGACACAUCAAAGUCGGGCAAACAAUCACCGUGCGCUUUACCUUUGAGCCGGUGGACGAGUCGAUCCAGAACCAGGAUGUCGUAUUCCAACCGGACAUCUCUCAGCCCAUCCGUCUCAAAAUGCAUGGGGCCGGCGGGUACACCAAGGUCUCGCUAUCGAGGUACCGCCGAUUCGACUUUGGGCAUUGCAUGAUUGGCAAGGACACCGUGUCAUUCUUGCCAAUUGUGAACGAGGGAAAUGCCAUGCUCCAUUUGACGCGCUUCGAAUUGCACGAGACAGAUACUUUCUUCAAGGGGGAGGACUGGCCAGUGCGUCGGGUAUCGCUCUUCCCGAACGAGGUAUUCAACCUUCCGAUUGUGUUCAACCCACAUGAAGAGAGUCCGGCACCGGGUCGACUGGUUGUCGGGACCGCCGUCGACUCCUGGGAAAUCGAGCUUGUCGGCCUCGGCCGAGAAGCCGUACUGAUCGUAUCGAAAAUCCAAAUGGAGUUCUCCGAAUGUCUUAUUGGCAACUCAUACGAGCAGAAACUCGGGUUAAAGAACGUCGGGGAUGUCAACUAUCCCGUUACUUUCAAGCUGGACCGCGAGUUCCCCGAUGUCGAAUUCCUCCCGCCGUCCGUCGUCAUUCAUCCCUUCAAUGAGACCGACAUCAUUGUUGCGUAUACGCCGUCGAAGGAGACCAAAGCUACAAUCAAUCUGACGGUCUCUUCGCCAUACAGUAGUCACAAGAUCCCUCUAGUCCUACACGCAGGAACAGCCGUAUUGGAGUUUGACAAUGAAAUAUUGGAUUUUGGCAUGUUCGAACGCACAGCUUCGCCGUGUGUCAAGCUCAACAUCACAAACACCGGCACCGUCCGGACGAGCUUCAGUGUGCGGGAGAUGAUGAAGCCGCCAAUGUUCUCCAUCGGGCAUGCCAAAGGCAUCCUCUAUCCCGGUCGAAGCACGGCGGUUUCCAUCACACACAUAAAGCAUGAAGUCGCUCAGUUCGAGGAACAGCUGAUGAUCCGCACGGACCUGCUCGACAAGCUGUACUACAUCCUCGUGAAAGGCCAAUGCGAAGAAGCGCUCCUCAGACCAAACGAGUUCAGCCUUUGCAACAUGGGCAUCUGUCCGGUCAUGGAGACGACCACGAAGCCGGUCAGCUUCACGAACUACGGAAAGUUCCCGCUGCACUUCACCAUCAAGAGCGCUUACCCGCUGAAGGUUUCGCCAACAGCUGGGAAAGUUCUUGGCGGACAGUCCAGCACGUUCUCCGUGGCAUGGAACCCAUCAGGAGGGUACGAGCUGCGAACGCACAUUGCGAUGGUCACCAACAUCGGCACAUUUAACAUCGCCAUUCGAGGCAAGGCAGCGUUCCCAGAACUUGUCAUCAAAAAUAUGUACCUCGACUUUGGCGUGUGUGCAGUAGGACAUUCCUACAGGGAGCCAUUCACGUUGACGAAUAAAGGAAAGGUCCCGGUUCACUUCACCAUCGCUCCUUCGAGGGAACCGAGCUACUCCGUGGGCAGAGUCUUUGGGAAUCUGGAACCGAAGGAAUCGAUGGACAUUGACGCAUUUUUCAAGCCAGCGGGUCUCGGCAAAUUUGCUCAUACGUUCAUGAUUGAGUGUAAAGGCAUCAACUACAAGGAACUUGCGGUGAUCGGAAUAGGUGGCCUUCUCAAGCUGGAGUACUCUCCGUCGACGUUGGAGUUUGGCCGCUCUCCAUGCAAUCUACGCAUCUUCCAACCUCUGCUGCUCGCCAACAAGGGGGACGUCAUCCUCCAGAUCAGCUUCAAAAUCGUCGACGCCAACGACGACUGUGUCAUUACAUUACCAGAUCCAGUCACCCUGCGACCCAGCCGAAGCACGCGAUGCUUCUUUGGCGUCGCUGCGAUGAAGGUCGGGGCAUUUACCGCGAAGGUUGCUGUGUGUACAAGGGAGAAGGUGUACAGCAUCAAUGUUACUGGCAGCGGGAUCAAAAUCGAGCUUGAUCCGAAAAGCAAAGAGGUCCUGGAGACCGAGAAAUUGUCGAUACUCACAGCCCCUGGCCCACUGGACUCCGAACUCCGCCUAGGCGACCUCGACGAAUGGAUCAAAAAGUUCAAGAAGCGAUACCUGCUGGACCAACUUAUCGGAGAAUCCCUCAGUGUCAUGUACACCGCCGCACGGGGAUUGUCAUGCCUGGCAUCUACGCCGCAGGUGCUCAAGCGCGCCCAUGCGAUCGUGGUCGCGAGGCAUGUAGGAGGUCCGCCUAAACAGAGGCAAAUCGCAUCAUCAGCGCAUUCGCCAGCGCCGACGUCUCCAACGCCCGGCACCGUAGCAGAGGAAGCUGGUAGUACUGUGGCCACGGCGUCACCUCCCGCCACGGACCAGAGACCGCGAAUCCAGUCCGAAGGCGACCCAUUAACCUUCAUCGAGCAUCCCAAUCUCGGCGACGGCGAUGUGGUGCCGAAGAACGCCGUGAGGAUCCCCGGUCCGCCGCCUGCGCAAGAAGAGGAGGUCGCCGCUGUGCAGGUCGUGACGCGUGAGGAGGAGAACCCUGCCCAAGAACAGAGCGUCGAACGUACAUCGCGGCCACGGUCGGCGGACACGGCGGGGCAGACUGGCAGGGACGCAAACCCGUCAUCACACUCGCCGUCCGGUGAUCCCGCAAUGGAGGCUACGCCUGAGACGGGCGGCGACUCACCGAACCCCGAAUUCGAGGCGGCGCUGGAUCUGCAACUGCAACGGCGGAUGGAGAUCGUCACCCAAAUCGAGGAGACGUGGAAAGUCCGGCAUUCGGUUCAGUCGCACACUGUCGGCGCCUUGGUCGACUCGUUCAUCCAACUGAAAACGGCGGAAGUGCCUCUCCCAUCCAUCUUGUCGGAAGACCCCGUCAUCGGCAGCGUGCUCACAUACCCUCUGGUUCAGAUCCACCAACUAGACCUAACCGACAUCCUCGACGCCGAAGAGCCCGCGACCGACAUCGACCUCGGGUUCCUCCUCACACGCCCGCCGCCGUUCAAGGAAAACAAAGAAGCUACUCCGGCCGUCGUGAAGGAGGAUAUAAGGACGAAGGGGAAGAAUCCGUGGAAGACGUGGCAGCCGUUGGAGAGACGGAUGAGGAAUGCACCGACUGUGAAUGCUUUUCGGUGAUACUGACAUGAAGUGAGGGGAGUAGAGGAUGUGGCAAUCAUUUUGGUAUCAUGUGUAUAUAUUAUGUUAUGUGUGUGAGAUAGAUAUUUACUACAUCUCUGGAUGU